GUUCCGCAGUCGGACAAUGAAUGAAGUUUGAAUGAAAUGUUAGUUUUUAGAGUUUUACAUUAUGUUGUCGCCGUGUUUAUUUCUGGAAUCUUUGACAAAGCUCUAACAGCAGUGAUCCAAACACAGCAGACUGUGCUGGCAGCAGUGGCAGAAGAUGCUGAAUUCAGCUGUCAGCUCUUGGAGACUAAAGACGUCCUUCAGGUCACAUGGCAGAAAAUCUCAGGUGAUGGAGGGGAGAAUGUUGCCACCUACAACAAGUACUUUGGUCAGAGAGUGAAUGCUGGAUUUACUGAUAAAUUCCAGUUUAAAUAUACUGGACUACAGAACUGCUCCAUAGUCAUCAGGAAUGUGAUGGAGCAGGAUGAAGGCUGCUAUCACUGUCUGUUUAACACUUAUCCUGAAGGCUCCUUCACUGGUAAACCCUGCCUCCAAGUCUAUGAGCUGCAUGAACCUGUUCUUGAUGUCAGAGAGUCAAACUCUCCUGCAGAGUGGGUUGUUUCCUGUUCAGCCACUGGUCGACCUGCUCCCACUGUAACACUCAGUGUCUCACAACAACACCUCAGCUUCUCCCAGUACAACACUGUCAGUGUGUCCAACACCAACACUACAUUCACUGUCACCACUACAGCUGUGCUCUCAGGUUCACGGAGAAACAGCACACAGGUGGGAUGUGCAGCACGAGUGCUCUCUGCUCCUCAGAUAGAGGUCAUUCAGGUCUUUCCUGAGGAUGAUCAUGAUGAUGAUGGUGUGGAUGGGAAAUCUGGAUCUAAUCACAGAAGUUCAGGAAUCAGGAUUUCAGUCAUUUCCUCCUCUGUGUUGUUGGCUGCCUGUGGUUGUGUUGCUACACUGAUCUCUGCCCAACUUCGAAACAGGCCUCAGAGCAGUCCGACUCACAAUGAGCUCCAGAUGAAGGAGACACCUGAAACUAGAAACAUUUAAGAAAUCAUCUUCAGUCAAACAAGGUGACAUCAGCUCAGAAAGAAGACAUCUACUGAUAAACCCUUUUACCACACUGCGUUUUGUUAAACAAACUGGUGCUACAAUUGUGUAAUUUUUAUGUCAUCUCUUGGUGCUAUUUUUUCUACAUUUAAAUAUUUAUUUAAUACUGGUGAGAAAAUGUUAGUUAUAGAACGUGAUGUUUUGUUAUCUUGUUUUGCAGCUAUUUUGUAUUAAAUUAAUUUAAAUGGGAAUUUUGAAAAUCAGCAGGAGAGAUUAACAUGAAACCUUUCUCCUCGUGCUAAUGCACACAAUCAUAAUGAACACCUCUGAAAACUUUACAAUAUGAACAUAUUUCUACCUGAAACUACACUAACUGGCAGCUGAGGUCUCUUUGAGACAUUUACUGGUCAAUAAAUAAAUAUUUGUAGGAAAAAGCUCCACAUAUACACUGUUAAAUCUUUCUGUUACACAAUCCAGAAGUAUUUGUCAGUCUGAUAACAUAAAACGUUUUUUAUGUUUUUUACACAUUGUUCUAACAUUUUAAUGUUUCUGGUUUGACAAAUCUGCAAACAAAGCACUAAUUAUCAAACAUGUUUAAUGUAGAUUUUAGGUAUCUGCUUCUUCUUCUCUGUGUCACUCUGACCUCACUGAAAGGCUCUAUAUUGUCUUAUUCUGUCUCCAUGCAGUCUUACAGAUAUCCCACAUGUUGAUCUGUCAGUCUAAAAACAUGCAGACAGCUGUCACACUCUGUCCUGCUGAGUGAGUCCUUUGCAAAGAUAAAUAAAUCUCAUAAU